AUGGAUACAAUGCAUGCAGCCAUUGGUCGUCCACCUUUACAUCGACCUGAUCGGUUUUGGCUUGCUCUAGAUCAUACGGUUGACCCACGAGUGAAUCAUUUACCGAAACAAAAAGCUCUUAUUGAAAUGUCCACAUCAUUUGCCAAAACCCAUGGACUGACAGAGUUUCAACCAGCUAAUACCACUAUUAUGCACACGGAGUUUGCUCGUAAACGUGCACAACCUGGACAGAUCGUCAUUGGUGCAGAUAGUCACACAUGCAGUGCUGGAGGUAUGGGUGCAUUUGCAGCGGGUCUAGGUGCUGGUGACGUUGUCAUGCCCUUGGUCACGGGUCAAACGUGGUUUAAAGUACCUGAAGUGUGUUACAUUGAAUUUGUUGGUGCACCACAUUUUGGCAUUGGUGGUAAAGACGUUAUCCUUCAUAUCCUUGGAGAACUCAAGCGCAAUACGGUAGCUUUUGAGCGUGCAGUGUACUAUGGUGGCUCAGGACUGAAAUAUCUAUCGGAUGAUGCUCGAUUUGCAGUGGCAAACAUGACCACCGAGUUUGGUGGAAUUGCGGGUGUGUUUCAAGCUGAUGCUAUUACGCAACAGGCGCUGGAACGACGUGAUUCGCAUUUCGAUGAAGCACUGUUCUUUGAACCUGAUGAGGGAUGCAACUACGCUGCUCAUCAUGUUAUCGACUUGGCUGAUGUGAAGCCGCUUAUUGCUCUCUACCCGUCACCUGACAAUUGUGUUAGUGUGCAGGAGAAACUCGGCAUGAAGCUGGACGGAUGCUUUAUUGGUGCAUGUACCACUACUCAGGAGGAUUUGAUCCUGGGGGCGAUGGUGCUGCAACAGGCAAUGAUGGAGGGUAAGCGUCCAUCGGCUAAUGGCAAGCGACGUGUCACCCCCGGCAGUCUGGGGAUCAUUGACCGACUAAAGGAUCUGGGACUGAUUCGUAUUUAUGAGGAAGCGGGUUUUACUGUUGGUGUGCCGAGCUGCAGUUUCUGUGUAGGCAUUGGUGCUGAUGUAGCUGGUGAAGGAGAGGUGUGGCUCUCGAGCCAGAACCGCAACUUCCGGAAUCGUAUGGGCAAGGGUUCCAUUGGUAACAUCAGUUCAGCGGCCGUGGUGGCUGCCUCUAGCUUCGACAUGGAGGUGGUGGAUCCCAGGCCAUAUCUGGAUAAGAUCAACAAGGACGACUAUGACUGCUACCGCAACUGGGUCAAACCGGAUGCGUCUACACCAUCGCUGACGAAGACGACCAAGCCGUACAAGGUGACAGAGCCCAAGCCCGUGCUUGUGUCGAGUGAUGAUGCUGAAAAUGCACAGCAGGCCAAGGAGCAGGCUACAGUGGCUGAGCUAGAGGCUGCUUUGCCGCCCAAGUUCAGUGGUAAGGUGCAAGUAUUCGGCGACAAUAUCGAUACGGACGCCGUAAUCCCGGCGCAGUUCAUGGGUCUGAACAAGUCGUCACCGCUGUGGCCUGCUGAGUGCGAGACGGAGCUGGACGUAUUGGCUGCCAAGUCGUUCGCUUAUGUGCGCCCCGAGUUCCCGCAAAAGGUUAAGGAUGGUUUCAACAUCAUUGUGGCCGGUACAGCUUUCGGUAGCGGUUCGUCUCGUGAGGAAGCUGCUAUCUGCCUAAAGGCCGUGGGUGUGCAGGCUGUGAUCGCCAAAUCGUUUGCUUAUAUCUACGCUCGCAAUCAAUCCAACAAUGCUCUUCUGGGUAUUGUAGUGACGGAUGAAAAGUUCCACGAGCUUGCGAGAGAGGGUGAGGAGGUGACUGUGGACCUGCGAAAUCGAGUUGUGAGUGUGAAGGACCACCAGGUCGCAUUCUCGCUGACGCAGCUUGAGGAGGCAUUCCUUAACGGUGGUGGUCUUCAAACUCUCUUCAAGCAACACAAGGCAGACUUGUUCCGUGCCGCUAUGCGUGGCAAAGCUCCCAAACCUAUUGCUUCAAGCGUUGUUGGCUGCGGCGAUGUCUGUGGCGGUGAGGCGGUAUCUACUCCAUCGUGGUAG